AUGGAGGAUCCCUUCAGCCCCUCAACUUUCUCGCCGGCGCCCAACGUCUCCGUACCUGUCUCUCCUGGCUGGGGUCUCAACUUCACUUCUGGACAGGGGCCCCCAGUGCCCGGGCCGCCGCCGCCGCCGCCUCCCGGACCACCCAGCCGCAGCAUCCGCCUGGUCUUCCUGGGGGUCAUCCUGGUGGUGGCGGUGGCCGGCAACGCCACGGUGCUGUGCCGCCUGUGCGGGGGUGGCGGGCCCUGGGCGGGUCCCAAGCGUCGCAAGAUGGACUUCCUGCUGGUGCAGCUGGCCCUGGCUGACCUGUACGCGAGCGGAGGCACAGCGCUGUCGCAGCUGGCCUGGGAGCUGCUGGGCGAGCCGCGCCGGCCGGCGGGAGACCUUUCGUGCCGCUUCGUGCAGCUGCUGCAGGCGUCCGGCCGCGGCGCUUCUGCUCAUCUCGUGGUGCUCAUUGCCCUCGAACGCCAGCGCGCCUUGCGUCGGCCGCAGGGCCAGCCGCUGCCCGCGCGCGCCCUCGCCGCGCUGGGCUGGCUGCUGGCGCUGCUGCUGGCGCUGCCCCCCGCCUUCGUGGCGCGCGGGGGCGCCCCCUCGCCGCCUCCCGCCGCGCCCUCGGCCGCUCGCACCUGGGCAGGCGAGCGUCGCUGCCGCGACAUCUUCGCGCCCCUACCCAGCUGGCACCUGCAGGUGUACGCGCUCUACGAGGCCGUCGCGGGCUUCGUGGCGCCGGUCGCGGUCAUGGGCGUAGCAUGCAGCCGCCUGCUCUGCGCCUGGUGGCAGCGCCUGCCCCAAGCCCCACCGCCUUCAGCGCCCUGGUCGGCGACUCCCGGCCGCGCCCCUGCGCCCAGCGCGCUGCCCCGCGCGAAGGUCCAGAGCCUGAAGAUGAGCGUGGCUCUGGCGCUGCUGUUCGUGAGUUGCGAGCUUCCCUACUUCGCCGCACGGCUGGCGGCCGCGUGGUCGUCCGGACAGGUGGGAGACUGGGAGACCGAGGACCUGGCGGCGGCGCUGCACCUCGUGGGGGUGGCCAACAGCGCCCUCAAUCCUUUCGUCUACCUCUUCUUCCAGGCGGGCGACUGCCAGCUCCUGCGGCGGCUGCGAAGGCGCCUGGGCGCGGUCUGCUGCUCGUGGGAGGGAAGAGCGGAGGACGAUGAGGGGGCCGGGGGCCACCAAGCGCUUCACCGCCACCGCUGGCCCCACCCCCACUACCACCACGCUAGGCGCGAGCAGCCGGUGGAGGGCGGCUUGCGCCCACCCCCGCCGCGCCCCCGGCCGCUGCCCUGCUCCUGCGAAAGCGCUUUCUAG